UGUGUCAUCUGUCACAAACUAUCAUCUGCAGUCAACUCUUUAUUAGGUUAAUUAACAAUUAUAAAUAUUCCUUUAAAAACAAUCCAAAAUAAUUCGGUAUGACGCUUGAAACGAUUCCAAAAGAUCUAAGGGGGCUAAGGGCUUGUCUGUCCUGUUCCUUAAUCAAGUCUUUCGAUCAAUUUGAAUAUGAGGGAUGCGACAACUGUGAUGAAUUCCUUAGGAUGAAGAAUAACAGGGAUAAUGUCUAUGAAUGUACAAGUACUAAUUUUGAUGGGAUGAUUGCAGCUAUGAGUCCAGAAGACAGUUGGGUGUGUAAAUGGCAGAGAAUAAAUCGAUUUUGUAAGGGAGUCUAUGCAAUUUCGGUAUCUGGAAGACUACCUGGUGGAAUUAUCAGGGAAAUGAAAAGUAGAGGUGCAACUUAUGUACCUAGAGAUAGAAGUCAACGGUGAUAUUCUACAGUUCUGAUUUAUUAUGCGAACUUUACGUAAUCAAGAAGAGAUUAAGUGACAGGCAUAAAAAAUUUUUAUUAAUAUAAUUUGUGUAGUUAAAA